UCGCUCAGUGCAGUAUGGCGGCGCGCGCAAUCGUCGCGUCUUGCGCGCUACUCGCGUUCGCGGGAGUUGCGUACGCGCAGGAUGCAGUGGUGAUAGUGGAUGUCAGCAACCGCACACUCCCGAACCAAGCGACCCAUGGGGCCCACAGGAACCAUGGGACUCAUGGGGCCCACACGACCGGAACCCACGCGAACAUAGCAUCUUUAGAUGACUGCCAAAGUAUAGUGACACAACUGGUGUCGGCAAAGGAAGAAGCUCUCCUACUGUAUACGGACUUCGCUUCCCGCGCCGGUAACGAUUUGAAGACAUUCCUCAAAAACAUCACUGGGUAUGCUGAUGGCAUCAUCCAGAACGUUAAUGCUGAACCGCCUCUUGAUGAUGUGGACGAAUGCUGGGUAAAGUUCCAGUACCGGGUGAAGAAGGUGGAGCAUGAUGCCCAGAGAGCAGCCAUGUUCAGCGGAGACAGCCACCACAAGUUCCUGUUAGGACACAUGAUCGUGUUUCGGAUGCAUCUGAACAAGAGUGAAGACUACUUGAAGAGGUGUGACAAAGCUACCAGAGGCUGUGGCCUGUCUUGUGAGACUACCCCACGCGUAAGGCGCUGGCGUCGUUUAGCUCUGGACGAGAUCCAUCGAGUUCGAGAGGACAUGCCAUUCACCAGGAGAUCUUACAGGGACCUAGUGUCCCAUGCACGUCGGAAACUAAACCAUUUGAAGAAGCAGAUCAUCGUCAGGUCGAGGGACGCGAUGGAAGACUACAGAUAUUGUAUAAAUAGGAGGCGAUUACGAUAGGUUCUCGUUUCUUGAGUGGGGUCGAAAGUUAUUCAAAAUUCUUAGUUUGAAAAACAUUUAUAGGUUAUUUCUUAGACCCAAGUGUCUGAUAAAAAUUUUCAUUAUAAUAUUAACAAAUUUACGCACAAAUCUCUUUUGAACAUAGUCAAAGUCAAAGUCGAAAUCAUUUAUUUCAACUAGACGAGGAAGGCACUUUUGAACGUCAAAAUCUAAAGUAGUCGUAUUCUAAAUUUUUAGUCUACAUACUUUUUUAUUUAUUUUCAUUCAUGAUAGAUCCCACCCACAAGCACGAAGCGCUUCACAUCAAGAUUCCAUGUGCGUACUGCUGAGGAGUGAUAUUCUUGUUCGUAUAACCUGGGUGUCUUCAAAGGCCGAGUGAAUAGGUUGCUUAUGAGACGACGUAUUCCAUCGUAGACCGCAUCAUCGCUUACCACCAAGCGAGAUAGUUGUCAAACGUCUACAUAAACGUACCUAUAUAUAAAAAUAGAACCAAUAUCAAAAGUCGAACUUAAUCUAAAGAUUUAGAAUUCAGAUUGCUUACUGAAAUCGGUACCUAGUUAUAAUAGUCUGAUUCUAUAAAUUAAUCUUGUUUCUUUUGAACAGUAACUUCCGACCCAGAUCACUCUUAGAAGAUCAAAGAAUCGUCUUCAGUCAUCUGAGACAAUAGUGUCAUAUUAGUUAAUUUAGUAUAAAAUUAUUCGCCAUUGAUUAACUAGAGUUGAUCGUCAGUGAAAUUGAUGAGAUUGAUAUCUAACCUGUUAAUUAGUCGAAUAGUAUUAACUAUAAUCUAUUCUUUAAUUUAUCUAAUGGUUUUUUCGAUUCACAUAAAACCUUUGUGAUUAAUUCCUCGAGAUAUUUUGACAAAACAUCCGAACUGUCCAAAAAUCCGAAUUUGGACUUUCUGUAACGAACGGAUAAGGUCCGAAAUAAGUACAAAAUUAUGCCAUACCUCUUUAUGUUGAGGCGUAGGGGAAGUUUUUAUUUCAAUAGUGAACUGUUGACAUUGAAGUACAAAAAACGAUUCGAAAUUAUUAUAUUUUAAUUUCAUGUUUAAGUAUAUUAUCUAAAUUACGUAAAAUGUUUUACACAAAUUCAAUUCUCGCAAUGUAAUGCAAUUGUAUUCAUAAAACAUUAUGUUAAAAAUGUGAAUAAUUAUUUUUACUCUAAUUGCUUCAUCCAAAAAUAAACUUUGUACGUAGAUGUAAGAAGACUCAAAAUUGUGUAGAUUUUAAAUUGUGUAAAAAUAAUUUAUUUUUUGGUUAUCGAAUGUAAUUGGGUUAUGCGAUUGGUAUUUUUUGAUUUUAAUGUGUUUUUUAUAAAAUACAGUGAGGACUUGUCUAAGGUACAUAAACCGAUUUUAAUCGACUUUGAUUUUUUAAAAUAAAUACAAUGUUUGUAUUAUAACUUUCGUGAAACAUACUUAAAUACCUACAAU